CAUCGCUCCCACAGACGUAUCGUAAAUCGUAAACUUGUAGUCCGGCGUGAAGUACAAGACAUAUUAAACAUAAAAACCUAAAUUAAUAAUCUUAUAAUCACAAAUCAUGUAAAAACGCCAUUCUAAGCGCUAUAUUUUUUCCCGACAUCUUUCUAAACGAUUAAUUCCCAGUAGAACUUUCUUCGUCGUGAGAGUUCUGUGGCCUUUGCCACCAGCCUGAAAAACACCAUAAGUUUACAAAAUUCCGUCAAAUCAUGCUCUCUCUUCGUCCACUGCCUUUCAGAAGUCAAGUUGUAAAAGAAGUGAGGUUAUGUGUAUCGCGCACUGCCUCCAGCAGCCCCAAAACGGGGAUCGUUUUAUUGAACAUGGGAGGCCCUCAGAAAGUGGAGCAAGUUCACGACUAUUUGCACCAAAUAAUGACCGACCGUGACAUGAUCCAGUUACCUUUUGCACAAGACCGGUUGGGGCCAUGGAUAGCGAAGCGCCGGACCCCGGAAGUGCAGAAAAAGUACGAGGAAAUCGGUGGUGGGUCGCCGAUUUUGAAAUGGACAAAUAAACAGGGUGAACUUUUAUGUCAAAGACUGGAUAAGGUAUCGCCGAAUACAGCCCCUCAUAAACACUAUGUGGCGUUCAGAUACGUACCGCCGUAUACUAAAGAUGCGUUUACGGAAUUAGAGAGGGAUAAUGUGGAGCGCGCCGUCAUUUUUUCGCAAUAUCCGCAGUAUAGUUGCGCCACAAGCGGUUCAAGCUUUAAUGCAAUUUAUAAAUAUUAUAAGGACAAAAAAUUACCAGAAGGACUGAGGUUCAGCAUGAUUGACAGAUGGUCUACACAUCCACUAUUGGUCAAAUGCUUUGCCGAUUUAAUUAGGAAAGAACUGGCUAAAAUCAACGGCAGUAAAAGAAAAGAUACUAUAAUUUUGUUUUCAGCACAUUCCUUACCUUUAAAGGCUGUAAAUCGUGGGGACUCUUAUCCAAGUGAAGUUGGCGCCACUGUGAAUUUGGUCAUGCAAGAAUUGAACUAUUGCAACCCAUACCAGUUGGUGUGGCAGUCUAAAGUAGGCCCACUACCUUGGUUGGGUCCAUUUACUGAUGAGGCAAUCAAGGGUUAUGUAAAACUGGGCAAAAAGAACUUUGUUCUUGUUCCAAUUGCAUUUGUCAAUGAACACAUUGAAACUUUACAUGAACUGGAUAUUGAGUAUUGCAAAGAGUUAGCAGAGAAGGUUGGGGUGGAAGAAAUCAGAAGAGUUCCUGCACCCAACGACCACCCGUUGUUCAUUGAAGCCUUAACUAGUAUUGUACAAAAUCACCUACAAAGUAAUGUUCCAGUUGGGAAAAAAUUCUUGAAUAGGUGCCCACAUUGUGUCAGCGCCAGUUGUUACCACAGCAAAAAGUGGUUUUCUGAAGUUUGUCGAAUUUAAAGUCUAUUUGUAUUUUUUCAAGGGUCCAGUUAUUAUUAUUGUUAUUGUUUGUAAAUGGUUGUAAUGGUAAAUCCGUGUUAAAAUAUAGGCUUUGGAAUUAUAUAUUUACCUAUUUUUA